AUGCACGGAUACUCAGUUGUUGACGUUGGGGAACGUGGUGGCGAUAAGUAUCUUCGCCUACGGAAUUCGUGGGGUGAUAACAAAAUAACAUUCGAUGAGUGGAGUCUUUGCUCACCAGAAUUGGCGGGCCUUCUGAAAAUGGAGAACGUUCCUAUGAACCGAACAUGGGUUUCAAUUCAUCGAGUCAACGAGCUGGAUUCAAACGAGUGUGAUGAGCUUCUAAUGUGUGAGCUUAUUCAAGAAUCAUCGCGUGAUAUCAGUUUGAUACCUGGUGAUUAUAUCCUAAUGAUAACCGAAUUACUUGGUGUCAAAGAAGAAAGAAAUGUGGCGAUCUACACAUCUAUACCAAUUUCUGCAAGAAUCUGUAGUUGGAGUCCAAAAUCCUUGAUCGACGUGUUCCAGAAGGCGGUAGGGACGUUUGGGAUGGAAAUGAGAGGUAUUACGCGACGUGACAUCUCCAUCCAAAAGUAUACUGACAACGAAGACUCGUUCAUGGUGGUUAUGGCUGAAAACUAUACAAUCGACAAAUACUUGCAUGUUCACAUCCACUUUUCACAUACAGCGUUCAUCCAAUUUUCAAGGAAUGAUGAAGAUAAACAAUUUGCUGAUGUGAUUCCUCCGAGACGACGUCAAAUUCUAAUAGUUGCCUAUCACUCUCCAGUGUUUGAUGGCAAAGGGUUUGGAAUGAAUGUUGAAUAUUGGGUAUCGAAGAAGAGUAAGACUAAAAUUGGAAGAUCAGAUAGAGCGGAACAUGUGCCGAGUAUUCGAUCUGAUGAAUAUGUUCAUUUUACAACGGUUAUUGAUUGA